UUGUAAACUUUAUUUACAUCUACAUUUAGAUUUAUCUACAGUUCCAUUUUACAUUCUAAAUUAAUAUACAAUAAUAACUAUUUAAAAAUAUAACUUAGUCGAAUUACGAUUUUUAAUCACUUAAACUAACUAGCAAAAACACAAAUUCAAUCCCAGUUAUUAUUGGGUUCAAGUAUUUAUAAUGGUGAGGUACGGAGUCCAGAAUAUCAACGAUAGAAUACCGAGAAGAGAAAGGAACCGAAUUAAUAGGUCCUCGUCGAUUGAUGAUGAUGAGGAUAUUGAUGAAGUUGAUAACAUUCAGAGCAGGUAUCUCCACCCUGUAGAAAUACGAAACCACAGUUCCAUUUCUGAUGAAUUUACUGAUGAUGACGAGAGAGAAAGAGAAAAUUCAUGUGACUCAUACAUAGAAGACUCCUUUGAGCCAUCCAAUAUUGAUGAGAAAGAGUCCAAAAAUAAUUCAGUUUUUAUCAUUGGAGCAGUUUUUGUUUGCAUUAUAGCAAUUACAUAUUUGCUCUAUUUCCACAGUGCUUCCAAUAUUGUUAGGCAAAAUCAAAAUAUAUAUGAUGAAAGUAAAUUUUAUAGUGAUAUAGGUUAUUUAGGUAAAAAAUACAAAGUCAACUACAACUCCAUACUGCAGAUACAAUCAGUUAUUUCCACAACAUUUCAGAAACAAGAUGUGGCGUCACUUAUAUUUACAUAUAAUAGUGAUAAUAAUAAUUUUAACCGAGCAAAUUUUAAUCAAUUUAUGAACGAUGUUGCCUUCAAUACAGCCAGAUAUCUUCGCAAUGACAGUAAUAUUCAUAACCAUGUUAUUGUGGAUAGCAAUAAACUUGAUAUGAAAGUCCAUAGUGAACUUAUUGAAAGGUAUAGAAAUGAUGUUACAAAGACUGGUGUUAUGUUAGUCACAGAUGUUGACGAAGUGCCGUCAUCACUUGCAAUGGCUUUCCAUUAUUAUUGUGACGAAUUUAAUCCUCUAGUCAAGAAAAGUGCUAUACUUUUCACUCUCAAUAUGGCAAAAUGUUCAGAACGCAAAAUAACACAUUCAAGUGUUGAAAAAUGCUUGGCAAAGAAAUGGACAAUCAUCCCUAAAGACAAUAUCGUCCCUUUGUUGACUAGAAUAGUUAAUGUUGUUAUUGAUGUUACAAAUGUUAUCUAAACAGUGAAUUGAAAUUAUUCACUUGAUUUUCCUUAUUCUACGAAAGCUAGGCAGUAUGGUCGAAAGACUAUAGCAUGCGCCAUGGACGGAAAAAAAAUUGGUUUUCCUUAAUGACAACAAAAUCUAAAUUAAAAAACUCCAUACA